CGCAGUCGUCUUCACAACGAACGAACGACAUCCUAUCUAAACUGGACGUACAUAUUACUACACAGAAGAGCACUUUGCUGCUGAAUCUUUGUAUGUAAUAUUAACACAGCAUCGGGAUGGAAUCAGAUCUUGAAAAGGCAACUACUGAAGCGGUUGGUUGUAGUGAUGUUUAUAAUAACCCCACUACUUACCAACGACUGGUUAACUAUAUAUUUGGUCCGGAGAAAAAGGAAGUUAAUCCGAGUUCGACGACGAGUACAGCCUCGGCCCCUGACAUGGUAGAACAUGACUUGGAGUUGGAGGAAGAACUGAAUAAUGUUCCUGGGUCGGUAACAGACAUCAACAUGGGACUAUCUAAGCAAUCCCGUUGGAGAAGACUUUUCUUCCCACAACUUACCAAGCAUUCCCUGUACGUGUAUGGUAGUGUCACAGCUCUGCAAAAUGAAUGUGCAAGACAGGAGGCGGCCGGUGUUUAUAUUAUCCACCCUUUUAGCCCAAUUAGGAAUUACUACAUCAUGUUCAUGGUGUUCAUAACAUUCAUAAACCUAAUUGCAAUCCCCAUGGAACUAGCAUUUUUAGAAGGAGAGCAUACAGAAGAGUUUCGUAUGGUGAUAUUUAACUUAUGUUCAGACACUCUCUUUCUACUUGAUAUCGCUAUAAACUUCAGGAUGGGUGUCAUAACUGAAGACAGUGAGGUGGUUCUUUUGGAUCCAAAGCUGAUCGCAUGUCAUUACCUUAAAUCCUGGUUUGUUCUUGACCUGAUUUCUGCUUUUCCUGUCGACUAUGUUAUACUCAUUGUAAAGGAACUGGAAGAAGAUCAAAGCACAACAACCUAUACUGCCUCCAAAUUGGUGCGAGUUGUCCUCUUUGCAAGAAUCUUUAGCUUAAUACGACUUCUCCGAGUCUCCCGCCUGGUGAGGUUUUUCAGUGAAUGGGAACAAGUUGCAAAUUCUAACAUGGAAGCAGUGAGAUUGUUUAUUCGAAUUAUCUGUCUGUUUGCAAUGAUCCUCUUGCUUUGCCACUGGAAUGGCUGUAUCCAGUACUUUAUUCCCUCUUUGCAAGACUUUCCUGAGGAUUGCUGGGUUGUUCGAGAAAACCUCACGCAUGCUCCAUGGAUCGAGAAGUAUUCAUUUGGAGUAUUUCGUGCACUUUCACAUAUGAUUGGGGUAGGAUACGGCUCAGCUGACCCUCCAACAGGUGAAGCUGAAUUGUGGGUCGUCAUGACAAGUAUGGUUUCAGGAGCACUGAUGUACACCAUGAUGGUUGCCAAUGUGGCAGCAAUGAUGACAAAUGUUGAUGCAGCAUCAAAAGCCUACAGAAGCAAAUUUAAUCACCUUGAAGAUUACAUGUCAUACCGGAAACUGCCAAAGAAUUUGCGUAGUCGGAUCUCCACUUAUUACCAGGCCCGAUACCAAGGAAAGUGGUUUGAUGAGAGAGCGAUUCUAAAUGUGCUCUCGGAAUCCUUGAAAGUGGAGAUUCUGGGCAACCUGUGCACAGACCUGGUGAAGACUGUACCCAUGUUCCAAGGUCGUGACAUAAACUUCAUAAAUGCUGUGCUCUUAAAACUGCAGCGUGAGGUUUUCCAGGAAGGAGACAUUAUUAUUCAAGAGAAGGCUGCAGGAGACCGCAUGUUCUUCAUAGAGCAUGGAAGAGUCAUGGUAAAGACUGAGCAGAAAUUCUGCACGGAACUGGCUGAUGGAGAUUACUUUGGAGAGAUCUGCUUGCUCACCAAGUGCAGACGGACUGCAUCAGUACAAGCUUUGACUCUUUGCAAUCUUUUCUCACUCACUGCUGAGAAGUUUAAUGAGGUGCUGAAAGACUUUCCGGAAAUAAAAGAGGAAAUGUUAAGGACAGCAUCCCAAAGAUUGUGGACUUUACAGGACUUGAAGGACCAAAAGCAGACACCUCUUUCAGAAAAUGGAACUGACAAGAUUAAGGAAACUAGCACUUUGGGGGUUUAGAGAGAAUCUACAGUAUUUAAGGGAGGGAUUUCUUAUUGAGCUUUGGGUGGGAAGCUGUACAGAUGAGUACACAUUAAGGUGCUUGUGAAACUGCUUUGUAUAAUGCACUCUUGACAUUUGCAGGAACAUGUCAGAGGGGUGUAUGUAGUGUUUUUAUUUUAACUUUCAAAAAUAAGAUUAUACAUCAAUAAAACAUGUUUUCCUUGAGUGUUAUGCAAUCUUUAUUCCCAGCGGUAGCAUUUUUGUUUCUAGACCUAAUAUACUGACCUUGAUUUGCAGUAGUGUCCACAUAUGUUUCAAGUUCUCAUCUGCUUGUGGAUUGGAGUUUUGUGCCAUAUUGCUGCAUGCUGACCUUUGCCUAGUCAUGUUGUAACAUAAUCUUCAGGUUUGAACAAUACCAGUGACGGGCCGACUAAUCUGAUCAACAGGAGCGACGACACUGUUGCUAUUAAGAACGAUUGUUUUUUGGUGGCUGUAAUUAAAAAUAUUAAUUUUCUUACUCCUAAAUGUUGCAUCCUAAAAUAUAUUGUUACAGUACACUUUUGUCAUUCAAUUCAGGAAAGCAUUUUUUUUUAUGGUACAUGUUAUGUAUAUACAGACUUUUUUUCAUAUGGUUCAUCAUUUGUAAACUAUAUUAUCGCCUGUCAGAGAAAAAAGGUACCGGAUCUGUGAUCAGAUGCGAUCCGGCACAAAUUAACCCUGCUUAUUCACAUUCAAAGCGUUCCAAUGAAAUCCGAAAAUGCUGAUAAAUAUACAGAAUCAGCAUACCAUCAGUUUUCAAGCUAUUAGAAAGACAAAUUUUUUCAAAUUUUUCUUUAGUGUUUAUGCUUGUGAUGUGUGAGUAUUAUCAAUGUCACUGUAUGCAAACAUUUAACUGCUGUAAAAUGUACACAAGGUUAAAGCCAUUCUAAAAUAAGUUUAUCUAGGA